GUGGAGUGGAAACAGGAAGAGGAGGAGAGGGGGGGAGAAAGAAGACAAGAGGAGAGGAUCGGGUGAGACAAGGUGGCGAGGAGUGAAAGGGAGGAAAAGGGGAGCAGAGAGGGGCGUGUGGACCAGAGAGGAGCAGGACAGUGAAGAGAGAGAGGAUGAGCCAGUCUAUUUAAAGGGAUCGGAGACUGCACGGGUCUGCUGUCUUUCUAUUCCUGACCGGAGUUAUCAAAUUGGGACCAGAAAGUCUGUCUCUCCCCUCGUUUGUCUCGGUUGCACAUUGCGAGGCUGCCGUUUGCUCCCAGGUGUGAAGUGGAGGGCCUCCUAAAUACAGACCAAGACUGGCUGCAUGUAUCACCCAGCAGAGCUCUACUCCGGCCGUAACACAUGGGACUCCUAUCCAGCUGGAGGACCUAACAGAGGACAAUGGGCUCCUGUGAACAAUCGGCCCUGGAGCCACACAGAAAGAUGCCAAGGAGGGCGCAAUCCAUCACACCAUUCAGUAUCCAGCCGUCUCUACAACAGAGGGGACAGACCAGUGAGCCAUGUUCAGGACAAGAGCAUCUCGAAGGGCCACCAGCAGCUGCUGCGGAUUUGGGAUGGUAAAGAGCAGCCGUUCGAGGCUCAGAACUGGCAUCACAGCUCCACACGCUCAUUCCACAACCGAGCUGGCACCAGCAAUGGUUAUCCAACUGGACCAGGAGACCGCUACGCCAACUGGGACAACAAUGGCAGCAACUCGCACGGGAAUCCUCGCCUGCACCGCAACAACAGGGAACUGCAGCCCCCGCCGGAGAGGUGGGCCCCCUCAGACUGCCGCAGGAACUUCUCAGGCAGGAUGGUAAACAACAGGCCGGGGCCCUGGAAACGGCCGGUCCUCCACCACCAGCGGCGAGAGCAGCUGCACCAGCACGGUCCAUCCGCACUGCACCCUCUACCCCCCAGGGAAGACUGUCCAGCGAAGAGGAGAAGAGACUUUGGCCCCGAUCAGUCGUCUCAUCCCGGAUCAAGGCAUUUACCUUUACUUACCCGCAUCCCGUCACCACCUCGCCACUACCGCAGCAACCAAGACGACUGGAAGCCUCUGAAUGACAGCCACCACUCCGACCACAGGACCUCAGCAACUCAACAACAGGAAACCUCUAAAUUGCGGGCUGGGGAGCACGGCUUCAGUAACGCUGCGCCGGUGAACCAGAGCUGCGGCAGCAGACAGCCACACCACGGAAGCAGAGGGAAGGUCGAACGGAAAAUCCCGUCUUCACCAGCAGACCACACCCGUGUGCCUUACAGCCACCAAAACCAUCAUUAUCACCAUCAGCGGCACACUGGCCACCCCCGAGCCCCACAGCACAACGCCCCGCCACGCCCCCUGGAGGAGAAGGACUCCCGGAGCCACCACCACAAACAAAGCACAGAAACUCAGCGCAGGGGAAGUUCAAGAGAUCCCGUCCUCUCCAAGUCCUCUGGUGUGGAGCCUCCUCUCUAUUUGUCCCUUCACUGCAGCCCUAAAGAUGGAGGCUCCUCUCCCAGCAGUCUCGGUGCUCCCUCCAGUCCCUCAUCCUACGCCGCAGCCAGCGGUAGAAAAGAUCCCUCAGCCAUUCAGCAGUCCUGCCCCAACGGACAGCAAAAACUCCACGAAAGCCCCGGUCACUCGGCGAGGCCGGGCCUCGCCUCCCCCACGCCUCUUCUGCCUCACACUGCUUCAAAAUCCAGAUCCUCAGACCCCAAGUACAAAAAGAUGUCACAGCUCUGCCCACGGCAGCCACCUUACGACAGAUCGAGAACAAACAAGCCCGAGAAGGAAUCAGAGGAACACAGAAAGUCCGAGUACAAACACAAAGAUAUGCUGAUUAGGAAGGAGAGGAAAGGAGAAGUUCAAAAGACAAACAGAAAGAGUGAGGAAAGGAAGAGGCGGAAGAAAAAAGAGGAAAAAAGGUUGGGAGAGAGAAAAAAGAAAAAAGACAAAACAAUUAAGAAGGAAAGAAAACUUGUUUUGAAAUCUAAAGCCACAGAAAGAGAGAUGUUUUCUUCAGUUUUGACCUUCAGUUGUCCAGAAGAGGCCAAAACUUGCAAAGCAGAGGCUUCACCCCCAAACCUUGAGAGUCAAACUCUGCCACCGCCGAAACACAAGCACAGGGAGCGGGGGGAGCAGGCCGAGCGGCCGUCGCACAGGCCAAAGGCUCUCCAUCGCGGCUGCGUUUCACCACAGCCAUCCUCCAAAUCUGAGCGACAUAAACUAGCUAAAAAGAAGAGCAGUUCCACAAAAAUUCCCAUCAAGCAACAAAAACAGUCGCCCACCAAGACCGCCAGCCUCAGCCAGACCUGCAAGAGGCCCGGCGUCGCCUCGUCCCGAGCAGAAGACGGACCAAAAGCAAAAGCCCACGGCGCGCUCCCCUCCCUUCAUUUCAAAGCCUUAGCUCCUCCUGAUACAGUCAGUUCUGUCGGCGCAGAGCAGCUGGUCCACGGUAAAGACGGCGGGCCGGGACCGCUGCUCAACGCGCCGGACCUGCAGCCCGUGGCUGUGCUGGGAAGUCUGAGGGAGAUCGGGGACAACCUGGCCAACACCCCCCCGGUGCUCAGCUGGCAGGGCUCUCCCGUAUCAGUCCUGGGCGAUGAUGAGGAGGAGCUGGAGAAGGGCGUCCUGAGUCGACCUGUCCUGCAGCCCAGCCCCACCCAGUGUUUUUCGCCUCCCCCCAUCGACGGCGAGAGUAUCGACGACGUGAAGGAGGAGCCGUGCGAGGAAGCACUUGACUGUCACCGCGACGCCAUGUCUGAACCGGAAGAGCUGCCUCGCAGAAACGAGCAAGUCUCUGAGAGUCUGAAUGAAAAGGAGGUGGAGAGAAGCAGGGAGACCUCCGGCUCGCUUCUUCAUGAGCUCCACCAUCACAAAGCUGGUUUGGAUGACGUCUUCAAGAGCCUCGCCACAUUCCUGGAAGGCCAGAGAGUCUCGUGUCGAGGAGGACCUUUCGGCCGGCCUCCUGCUCGAGGGGUGAAGUACUCCUCUUCUCUUGCGCUGGGGCCAGAGAUCCACUCUCAAGACAAUCGGGAUUCACCCCCCAAAUCCAGUCCCACAGCAGCCUCCCAUCCCGGAAAGCAGUCGCCACUCCACUCUACCUCAGACACACCUUUGAAAACCCACAGUCCGACAGAUACGAGUGAGUCUGCCGCCGACGCCGCGGCGCAGGAAGAGAGGGAAGAUAACGGGAGCGGUAUGGAGGAGAAUGACAAAGAUAUGGAGGUGCUCCCGGAGAGAACGCAGUCUUCGUCUCUUCUGGAUGGAUCUCUCAGUGCAGAGCUGAGGCUGACCACAACACAUCCGGCCUCGUUCACCAGCCUCAUCACGGUCUCCGCGACGGAAGAGAGAGGAACCAGUAAGGACAAGGAGGCCACAGGUACCAGCAAGAAGAAGAAACACAAGGCCAAGGACAGAAGAAGAAAAGCAGCCGUCAAGGUCAAGAUUAAAGCCGGAGGAUGCAAGGUCACCACUUCCCAAAGUAAAACAACUGAAAUAAAGGAAGAGGGGAACGUUUCGUUCGCAGUCGACAUCUGUAGGAACCCACCCAGACCGCUUAAAGACAGCGCGAAAGAUCCGAAUCCUCAGGAAAAUUCAUCCUCAUGUGGCAGAGACACCCAGAGAGAAAAACUGGACGCUGGUGAAGUGAAGACCGCAAAUGAGAAGAAGGAGCAGGACGAGCUUGAAAAUAAGGCAGCUGGAAACACAGACACUGACACCUCACAGUCAGCCUCAGCUGAAACAAUCACUACACUUGAAUCAGGUGCUCCCACACCAGCAAGCAAACCUCCCUGCUCAUCGGCUCCAGCAGACCCACUGAAACUCAAAGCACUGUCCCUGGGCCUGAAGGAGCUCAAGAUCCUCCUGAUUAAAAUGGAGAGUGCCGGAAGGCAAACCUUCAACAUAUCAGAGCUGGAGGAACAAAGAGUCCCGUUUUCAAAGCUCAGCAUCAACAACACGGCCACCGAGGUGAUCCGAGCGUGCAAGGGGACGAGGGUCAAGGGGAAAUUCAGAGAGUCCUACCUGCUUCCCACCUUCUCUGUCAAACCCAAAAUCAACAUCGAUAUCCCCAUACCUCGGGAGAAGCUCAACCCGCCCACGCCGAGCAUCUACCUGGAAAGCAAGAGAGACGCCUUCUCCCCGGUUCUGCUGCAGUUCUGCACCGAUCCCAAAAAUGCUGUUACAGUCAUCAGAGGCCUCGCUGGAUCCCUCCGCCUUAACCUGGGUCUGUUCUCCACUAAAUCUCUGGUGGAGGCCAAUUCGGACCACGCGGUGGAAGUGAGGACUCAGGUGCAGCAGCCGGCCGACGAGAACUGGGACCUGAACGGCGCGUCGCAGACGUGGCCGUGCGAGAGCAGCCGCUCGCACACCACCAUCGCCAAAUACGCCCAGUACCAGGCAUCCAGCUUCCAGGAGAGCCUGCAGGAGGAAAAGGAGAGCGAGAACGAGGAGGAGGGGGAGCCGACGUCAGACGUUUCAGCGGCCAUGAAAGCAGGCCUGACAUUAGCCAACAGUCCCACCUCGAAAUCUUCGUCUCCCCUCUUUGGCAAAGCCGCCCUCCUUCACACCAGCAGCACGCUCAGCUCAGACCUGAAAACAGCUGGCAAGGUCAUUAAAUUCGGGACCAACAUUGAUCUUUCCGACCCCAAAAGGUGGAAGCCGCAGUUGCAGGAGCUGCUCAAGCUGCCGGCUUUCAUGAGAGUGGAGUCCAGCAACAACAUGCUGAGUCACGUGGGACACACCAUCCUGGGCAUGAACACCGUGCAGCUCUACAUGAAGGUGCCCGGCAGCCGCACGCCAGGUCAUCAAGAAAACAACAACUUCUGUUCAGUCAACAUCAACAUCGGUCCGGGUGACUGCGAGUGGUUUGCCGUUCAUGAACACUACUGGGAGGCUAUCAACAAAUUCUGUGAGAAGCAUGGGGUGGACUACCUGACGGGGUCCUGGUGGCCUGUCCUAGAGGACCUCUAUAGCUCCAACAUUCCCGUGUACCGCUUCAUCCAGAGGCCCGGAGACCUGGUGUGGAUCAACGCGGGGACGGUGCACUGGGUGCAGGCGGUUGGCUGGUGCAACAACAUCGCCUGGAACGUGGGACCGCUCAACUCCUACCAAUACCAGCUCGCCCUGGAGCGCUUCGAGUGGAACGAGGUCAAGAAGGUUAAGUCAAUCGUACCCAUGAUUCACGUCUCCUGGAAUGUGGCUCGCACCAUUAAGAUCACCGAUCAAGACACCUUCAAGAUGGUGAAACACUGCCUGAUGCAGUCCAUCAAGCACAUCCAGAUACUCAGAGACCAGCUGUUGGCCGCUGGGAAGAAAAUCUGCUACCAGAGCCGCGUGAAGGACGAGCCGGCCUACUACUGCAACGAGUGUGACGUGGAGGUGUUCGACCUGCUGUUUGUGACCAGCGAGAACAGCACCAAGAAGUCGUACCUGGUGCACUGUGAGGACUGCGCCCGAGCCAAGAGCCCGGCGCUGGCGGGAGUGGUGGUGCUGGAACAGUAUCGGAUAGAGGAGCUGAUGAGAAUCUACGACACCUUCGUGCUGACUCCAUCGCCCUUCACGAAGUGACGUCUCUCUCCUCCACGGUGUCUUUCAGCCAUAACCAAAACUCUAAUGGCAGCACAAACGUUGCCUUUCCAGGCAAUCUGUUCCUGCAAACACUUUCUCAAUCAGCCAAUCACGUUUACUCAGUAUUGUUUACAUCACACAAUAAGGUAUGGAUACUCAGCCAAUCCAACUACAGCUCGCCGUCUUCCCCAUACCAGCUGCUGAUUGGACGUGUGCUUGGAAAUAGAAUGACUAGACUGGUAAUUCCCACCAGAAGCAUUUCAGAUGAGUACAAAAAAAAAAAAAAAAAAAUCAAACACACACACACACACACACACACACACACACACACAAUGUGAGCACUGCUAGCACUGAAAAUCAGGUUCUAUAUGUUCAACGGACACUGCUGUGAUUCAAAAGCGUCAAGUAGCCGGUUCUGUGUAUUGAUUCAGGUACUUUUAUGCAAAUUCAGUAGAGCUUUUGUAUACCAAUCUAGUUAUUCUAUAUGUCCAUGAAUUUGCUGUGAUUCUAUUGUACCAGCAGGGGAAUCGCUUCACAGGAGAAGUAGCUGAUUGUCACAUUUGGCAUCGUAUUGGUUUCCUGUUUUUUUGUUUGGUAUUCAGGUAAACUCUGGCAUUUGUAAUUCCUGUUUGUAAAACUUUUUCGAGGUGCUAUUUCAAUCUUAUUUAUUCUCGUUCGAUACUUAAGACGUUUUACCAGCCUAGAAGUACACCACAUUGGCCUUGUGAACUGUAUUUAGAGGUAAUUAGACACACAAAUGAGGUUUUAUGUUGGAAAAAAAAAAAAAAAGAAAAGAAAAAGAAUAACUUUUUCUGAGUUUCUCUAAAAUACGGGUUUACUCGAGGACUAAUAUGGUUUCGUUCUUAGUUGGAAAUCAAGUGUGUAGAAGAGAAAACUUGUUUUUUCACUAUUCCAGCUGAACAGUGGUUGGUGCCGUUUCUACGAUACGAUGAAAAAAAAAAAAACACAUAAUGACAUUUUUAUUUUUGGAAUGGGAAAACAUUCCCAGUUUUAUACCUCUUUUGUUGUUAUGUUAAUGUUUGUAGACGACAGAGAAGAUAAAUAAUUGUAAAUUGUGAAUGAAUUUAUGGAAUACGCAGCGGUGUGCAUAGACGGGGUGCAGAGAGAGAGAAAAAGGGGGGUUGGUUGAAGCCACCAUUGAUGGUUCAUGUCCCAGAAGUCCAAAGAAAAACACAAUCAUUGUCCUAUGAUGCAAAAACCGGCGAGGCCAAACAGAUGAGCUCCUCGCUGUUUUCAUCUCACCACAGAAUCUCCAUCCUGGUGAUCUUCAGCUGCAUGCACUGCUGCCACGGUUCCUCUUCUGUUUUUGGUGAAGAGCACCAGAAAGGCUUAUAUAGUAGUAUUAUAUUAUUAUAUCUUUAUUGUAAACUAAUGUAUAUGUCAGGGGAUCGCUACUUAUUUUUGGUGACCCCCAAAGAGAACAUUUAUACAGUUCAAAGCAGAGCCUGACCGAUACUGGAUUAUACUGGGUAUUUGCUGUCCAGAAUGUAUUAAUACACACAUGAACACAUAAGUUAAACUUCUUUAGCACAUAUUCAUGAAAGGUAUAUCAUUUUCUUUACUUUUUUUGUGAGCUUAUACCAUGUCUACAUUUUUACAGCGAAAAACCUGAUGAGACUAUCUGAAUUGACCGUAACUAAUGUGAUUCAAAAUGGGUCAUGUAAACACUUCGAUCAGAUUAGAUCGGCCUUAUCUAAUUAGCAAUAAUAUAAAUAAUGAUCAGAUUGGAGGAGAUAAUUUAACUCUGACUUAACUGGAUGAUUUUCUUGCUCCAUAACAGAAUUUCAUUCAGUUCAUUCAUUGCUCAUGAAAACAGAUCUGAUCAUUCAAUCGAAAAGAAUUCAAUGGUAAUGACAGAAACAGUGAUACAGAUAAUUAUUCUAAUUUACAUUGAUUUUCGAAGGGAUAAAAAAAGCUUUAAAUAAGCACCUAUCUGCAUAAUUAGAUGUCACAAUUUUAGCAAAAAAAAAAGUUUAUUUUUUUUGUAACAUUACAAAAUUUGCAGUAUUUUUCCAAUUAGAGCCAAUCAACGACAUAUUUUUAUACAUUAAUGCUCAUGUAUGUUACUACACCAGACCCAUUGUUGUUUAAUCAGUUUACCUGAAGUCUACAAUCUGAUUUAGCAAUAAUGAAAUACAAGUGAUGAUUUUAAAGGCAGCAUUAUCAGUAGAUGUCAAACCUACACAUGGACAUACUACUAAUUAUGGUAGUAGGCUAACGACAAACUUUGGAUGUAUUUUCCCAUAAAAGCGUCAUAUAUUUCACCACAUACUGUAAAGCUUUUGAUUGGUGUAUCGGUCUGGCUCUGCUCAGUCCUUUCAGGAGCUCUUACUGCUACACAGAACAGUUUGGAAUCCAAAUGGAGGCUCGGCAUCAGCGUCGUACGAGCGUUUCUCCCCGCCCCUUCAAAUGUCAGUCGCCCCUCUGCUGCCAUGAGUCUGUGCACACCCUCUCAUGUACAUAAUGUAUCUGUUUUCAGGUUUACUAGAAGACUUAUGUAAUUUUGUUCUCACUCGGAAAAAAAACAAAAAAAAGUCUACUUUGUAUAUGGUCAGAUUGUCCACCUCAGUCGUUUUGUUCUUUUCUGUUGUUGCCAUAUUAUUAUACAUGGUCAAGAAAUCCUGUUUCACUGUAGUUUAAAAUACUGCAAUGGGAGUUUCAUCCCACUUUUAUACCUCUUUUUGUUGUCCGUUCUUCUUUUUUUUGGUAACACACAAAAAUGGAAAAAUUGUACAUGGUGACUUUAUUUAUACUGUACAUGGUGUUUUUUCUUAUAUAUUUAUUGCAUAUCAAAGGAUACUUCACUUGAUAAGGGGCUACAAGGUAUUUUAGAGAUGUAGGGAGGUCAUAACAUGUGGAUAGGGGAAGUGCAAUCAGGGGGGCGGUGUAAUUUCUCAUGGUGCUAGACCCCUCCUUGCCUCAGUGCCCCUACAUUAAACAGCAGAUCAUGAUGUAUGAGCUCACGUCAGCCACACAACUCGGACCGACCGCUUGGUGCUCGGAACCAUUUCAACACCGUUUACUGGACGCAGAAAUGGUAUGAUGUCUUUGUACUGUAUCUAGCAGAUGAAUACCAGAUCUUUUCUAACUUUUUUGGUUUGUUUGUUUGUUUCCAUUGUAUGAAUUUCAUAACCUUGUGAGGCAUUAGUGGUUUUAUGAUGAGCAUUAGCAGUAGUUGUACUUCUUGACACUUUUUGCAGAGACUUUUAGGGAUGUGACUUUUAUUGGCGUCCAGGUUUUUUCGUGUCUUGUCCUCAGCAUUAGUACUAUUUGGAGGAUGUGAUGAUGCUCUUUAUUUCUUUUUUUCUUAUGUUGUUUGUUUUUUUUUGGUUUUUAUUUUUUUCCUCUUGACCGGUUUGAUUUUCGCUGCACUUAUUGUUUUGAAAAGAACUCACAUCGAAGAAAAACCUGAGCCAGACCUGUCUUAAAUCCCUCUGUGAUUUUUCUGUGACAUAUUGUAUUGUUGUUCAAGAAAAUAAAAUGUUUUGAUAAAUUA